AUGCCGACGCCGCCUUUGCUCACACAUAACAACCGUGAGUUCGUAGACUUUGAAAAGUCAAAUGAGGUGGAUCAAAGAGCGGAAACGUUUGGGACAGUUGAGGCUUUUCUCAAUAAAUACGCGGAUCCAAAAUUAGCAGCACCCAUUAGAACGUUACUGAUCGCCAAUAAUGGAAUGGCAGCAUUCAAAUGUGUGAUGUCCAUCAGACGUUGGGCCCAAGAGACAUUCAAGGAUGAUCGUCUCUUCAAAUUUAUUAACUUGACCACUGAACAGGAAAUUUCUUCAAAUCCAGAAUAUUUGAAAAUGAUUGACAAUUUUGUAUUCUCGGAAUCUGGUGCAAAUGAAAAUAAUUAUGCAAAUGUGGAUGACAUAUUGAAACAUGCUGUAAGUAAUAACGUGGAUGCGGUAUGGGCAGGCUGGGGACAUGCAUCUGAAAAUCCUGAUCUACCAAAUGGUUUGAAAAAGCAUAACAUCCUUUUUAUGGGUCCACCUGGACCGGCAAUGUUCACAUUGGGUGACAAAAUUGCUUCAACAAUACUUGCUCAGUCAGCUGGUGUGCCAGUAGUGUCUUGGUCAGGCAGUAACAUUUUUUUGUCUAAAGAAAUUUGCGAACGAGGAAUAAUUGAUUUCGAACUAUCACCAGAUCUUCGUGAUGCCGCCUGCGUUUACGAUCAUGAGGAGGCAAUACGUGUAAUGAAGGAGAAGAAAAUUGCAUACCCUGUGAUGAUCAAGGCUUCGGAAGGUGGUGGUGGCAAAGGAAUUCGUUUAGUGCGCAAUGAAUCUGAUUUCGAAGUAAAUUUUAGGAGAGUACAGGCAGAGGUAGCCGGUGGACACAUAUUUUUGAUGCAUUGUUUGGAAGGUGCUCGACAUAUUGAAGUACAGCUUCUGGGUGAUAUGUACGGCGAGGUAAUUGCACUGAGAACUCGUGAUUGUACAGUUCAGAGGAGAUGCCAGAAGAUCAUUGAAGAGGCACCAGCUAUCGCUGCACCUUUAGCUGUUCAAAGAAAUAUGGAAGCAGAUGCAGUACGUUUAGCUAAAAUGGUUGGAUAUGUUAGUGCAGGCACUGUGGAGUACUUAUUUCUUCCACAAACUAAUGAGUAUUUUUUCCUGGAACUUAAUCCAAGAUUGCAGGUUGAGCAUCCAUUAAGCGAAAUGUUAACCAACGUCAAUUUGCCAGCUGCACAAUUACAAAUUGCGAUGGGAGUACCAUUGCAAUGCAUCAGCGAAGUGCGUCUCUAUUAUGGCAAAAGCCGAUAUGGUACUGAUAAAAUACCAUUCCAUCUAAUACAUCCACAUUGCGACAAGCAUGUUGUAUCCGUUCGGAUCACAAGCGAAGAUCCAGAAGAGAAUUUCCGGCCUGCAUCAGGUGAAAUCACCAAUUUGAAUUUUCGUUCUACGCAGUUUGUUUGGGGAUAUUUUUCGCAUGUUGGUGCGGGAUCUCUUCACGAAUUUGCAGAUUCACAGUUUGGCCAUCUCUUUGCCACUGGAUCCACAAGGCAUUUAGCGAUCUCGAACAUGUUGAAUGCGCUGCAGGAACUGCAGCUUCAAUCGAAAUUUCCUGUAACGCUACCCUAUCUCAUUUCUUUGUUCAAAGAUAGCGAAUUUGAGCAAAAUAAAAUCGAUACCACUUGGCUGGAUCGCCGCAUUGCUUCAAAGAAGCAUACAGUAGAGCUUCCUCCACUUCCAAUGGCUGUAGCUUAUGGUUCAAUGUUGAUAGCACAUUCAAAAAUUACGGAAGCAUUCAGUGCCUUUAGCAAUGCUAUAAGCAGGGGACGUAUUUUACAGCCGUCUGAUCUUACUGAGACGCAUCAAGUGGAGCUUAUUUCUGACAAUAUUAAAUACAGUGUUACUGCUACGCGUACAUCAAAUUUUGAAUAUAUGAUUAAAAUGAAUGGCCGUUGUGUUCCCGUUGAAUAUCGUGAAUUGCGAAAUGGUACCCUUCUGUUGAAAUAUAAAGACCGAUCGCAUCCGUGUUACAUGGAAGAGGAACCUGAGCGUUACAAAGUGCACAUUGGACGAAUGCAGAUAAUAUUUGAAAAAGAAAACGAUCCAACAGUAUUGCGAUCAUCCUGCGCUGGUAAAUUGCUAACUUAUGAAACGGAAGACGGAGAACUGCUUUUGCCGGGUCAAAUAUAUGCUAGUAUGGAAAGUAUGAAAGUUGUUUUGGAUAUGCGCGUGAAAAAGGUUGGAGGCCGUCUCGAAAAAGUUGCUCAACCUGGACAAAUGCUGCAUCCAGGGACCUUGGUUGCUCGUUUGGAAGCACAAAAUGGUUUAACAGUUACCAAACCCAUUGAUUUUGAGGAUUCAUUCGCGGAAUGGACACAAAGUGUCACUAAAAAAUCUCCAAUUAAUAUGUAUUUUACAGAUGUUGUUCAGGAAGUACACAAUGUCUUCGAUGGUUAUUGUAAAACAGAGCCAACGUUCUCGAAAUAUGCUGAUAGUUUAGUAGAAUCUCUUUUUUCUGUGCUCAACGACCAAUCACUACCAUAUGAACAAAUGCAGCAAAAACUUGCCGUUAUGAAAAGUCGUAUUAAGCCAAAAAUACUAAAUCAACUUAAUGAAUUUCUUGAAGUUCGUGUUGGUGAUUUUCCAGUAAAGAAAAUCCGGGAAGCUAUCGAAGAUUACCUAAAUGAUUUGGAUCCACAAAGAACGAAGGAAGAAAAGAUGAUUUUUGAGCCAAUAACAAGAGUUUUGGCCAGGUUUGAGAAUGGGACAGAAGGUCAUAUAGCUCUGGUUUUGGAUGAUCUUCUUGGACAUUAUUACAAAAGCGAAAUAUUCUUCCAGGAAGAUCAGUACGACAAGUCUGUUACAAGACUUUUAUCUCAGGUCUGUGAUACAGAACGGUGCGUCAGGCUAAUUUGCUCACAUACAAAGAUUAAUGAGAAGAAUCUGUUGGCAAUGAAAAUUUUACGGCGCAUUAGUAACUGUCGUCGCUUAAUUUUACGGAUAUCACCUGUACUAGAAAAGAUUGCCGGCUUUGUCAAAAGUGAAAAUUUGGAGCUGGCGCAUGCUGCAAGGACGCUACUGAUUGAAGCGGAAACACCAACAUACACUGAAAUUAAGAUCAGGGGAUCGUCACCAAGCCCAACUAAUCUGGAAAAAUACGAUAUACUGUUUGAAAUGUUUGAUAAUAAUUUCGAUUCGGUAUUGAAAUACGUAACUGUAUGUUGCGGUGUCCCUGAAGCUUCUAUCAGACGACUGGAAGAUGGGCAUCCCCAUGAUGUACAAUUUUCCAUUCCAAUACAGAAGAUUGCCCAUGGACUGGGCCUUCCAAAUGACGAAGUAAUUGAAAUAAGUGUAACGAUGCGAGUUGUUGGUGAUAUAGCCGAUAUCGUUGAACGAUUACCACACGUGGCUGCAAAGGUUGUAAAACCAGAUUCAACCCUUUACAUCGUUUCACAAACUGGAGCUGUAAGGUGUGAUGCUAAUUUGGAUGAAAAAUUCUCAGUGAUCUUAAAGGAAGCUGUAAGCCGUGUACAGAAUGAAAACAUCCGCCAAAUUGUGAUUUUGAUAGCAUCAUCGGAUUCUUAUCCGAUGUUUUUCUAUUAUGAUAUGUUCCAUAAAGAAGAAAUUCGUUCACAACGCAAUAUUGAUUUGGCUCAUCUUCCUAAACUUGGUUUACAUCGUAUAAAGGAAAACUACAACAUUGAAAAAUUGAAGUCAUCGCAUAAUUCGGGUCAUUUAUAUAAAGCAGAAGGGAAAGCAGAUCCAACGGAACACCGGUUUUUUUAUCGAGCUGUGGUUCGAAUUGUUGACAGUUAUACAGCUGAGGAAGUGGCAUGCAGUGUCAUUAAAGCUCUAAAACGUGCAUGCUGUGAAAUUAUGGUAGCCUUAUAUCGUUCAAAUACAAUUGACCGAAAUCAUGUUUUACUGUUUAUUCAUUGUACACCAUCCAGCAAGGAAAUACAGAUGAGCCCGGCUGAUUGGAUCAAUGUCAUUUAUAAGGCUUAUCGAGAAUGCAAAGAUUUUCUAUGGAGAACACAAGUUAAUCAAGUUGAAUUUGACUUCAUUUUGUUUGGUGAGCGGCAAAGCUUGGAACAAGCGACAAAAGUAAUUAUAACUGAUGAUACUGGUUUCACGCCAUUCAUCAGAGUUUUACGUGCAGAAGCGAGCAAUGGUAAUUCACGAAUCAAAAAAUGGCUUCACGUGGAUGCCGGAAUAGAUGGUUUUAAACAUGGCCUAGAAAUUAUGAUCGACAACCGGCGAAAUCCAGAUUGGAAUCCAUUUACGGAUCCGUACCUUGGCAGAUCUGAAAUUGAUAAGCGACGCCUGAAAGCUCGCGUGCUGAAAACUACUUAUGUUUACGACUAUCCACUACUUUUCCAGCGUGCUGUAAUUGCUACGUGGCUUGCACCGAGAGAGUCGCGAAAAUCGCUUGAUUUGGUACGCGAGAAUUUGUGCCAAUUUCAUGAACUGGUAUAUGACGAAGAUUCAAAAAAACUCGUUGAACUUAAUGAAACUGGUUCACUGAGUAAAAUUGGAAUAGUUGCAUGGCGUGUGCGAUUAAUUGUUCCGGAGUACCUAGAAGGGCGGGAAGUGAUCGUUAUUGCAAAUGAUAUUUCUCACCAGAUUGGUUCAUUUUCAAUGUGUGAACAUCGUCUGUACUAUGAAGCCUCACGUUUAAGUCGAAAAGAAGGAAUUCCACGAAUAUACAUUGCUGCUAAUUCGGGUGCAAGGAUUGGCUUAUCGGCUGAUUUGAAAAAACUUUUCAAAGUUAUUUGGAAGAACGAAAACAAUCCGGUGGAGGGUUUCGAUGGACUUUAUAUUACCAAUGAGGACGUACGUGAUGUGCAGCAAAUUGUCGCUACCCAUCGUAGAAAUGGUUUCCAUCAGAUUGAUGGGAUUAUCGGCAAAGAGCGUGACCUUGGUGUAGAGAAUCUGGUUGGCUCAGGGAUGAUUGCGGGUGAAACAUCGCGAGCGUACAACGAAGUUAUAACUUAUUGUUUGGUAACUGGUCGAACCGUUGGUAUCGGUGCGUAUGUUGCCCGACUUUCGAGGAGGAUUUGUCAAGUUGAAAAUGCAGAUAUUAUUUUAACUGGCGCACCUGCUUUGAAUUCUGUACUUGGUCGUGAAGUUUAUACAUCAAAUGGGCAGUUAGGUGGCACUGAAAUAAUGACUCGUAAUGGUGUGACACAUUCUACUGUUAGCAAUGAUUAUGAUGGCGUCCGCCAAUUGCUAAGAUGGCUCUCUUAUACGCGUAAAAAUGUGAAGGCGCCGUUUAAAGAACCAAGUUUUGAGUGUAGUGAGGAUCCAAUUGAUCGAUAUCUAAGUCAUUUGCCAUCACAGAAUAAGGAAAGCGAUCCACGUUUGAUGAUGACGAUAUUUGAUCGGAACUCUUUCGAAGAAAUUAAAUCAGGCUGGGGAAAAACAGUAAUCACAGGUCGAGCACGUCUAGGCGGUAUCAGUGUUGGCGUUAUUGCCGUGGAAACAAGAAGCGUUUUUGCUGAAAUUCCGGCAGAUCCGGCUGCUCCAGAUUCUCAAGCCAAAUGUAUCCAACAAGCUGGCCAGGUGUGGUAUCCUGAUUCCGCAUAUAAAACUGCUGAAGCGAUCGAAGAUUUCAAUAAAGAAUCUUUGCCUUUGUUUAUUCUAGCCAAUUGGCGUGGCUUCAGCGGCGGUCAGAAAGAUAUGUUCGAAAUGGUCCUCAAAUUUGGUGCGUAUAUAGUUGAUCAGUUAUGUAAAUACCUGAAUCCGGUGAUAGUUUAUAUUCCGCCCUAUGGAGAAUUACGCGGUGGGGCUUGGGCAGUUAUUGAUCCAACAAUAAAUCCUGUAUGUAUGCAGAUGUUUGCUGAUCCGAGGUCGAGAGGUGGUGUUCUAGAACCAGAAGGAACUGUUCAAGUGAAAAUGCGUAAAGAUUUGGUGCCAUUGAUGCGACGACUAGAUAAAGAAAUGAUUCGACUAGGAGUAUUGGAAAAACAAGGUAACGAUGUGAAAAUGGACAUCAGUGCUCGUAUUCAAUUAUUAAUGCCAACUUAUCGCAAUAUCGCAAUAUCAUUUGCUGAUUUGCAUGACACAACGGUCCGAAUGAAAGCUGUUGGUGCCAUUAGGGAAGUGGUGAAAUGGGAAGAAUCAAGAGCAUUUUUUACGCGGCGCCUUUUGAGAUUGUGCAUCGAACAGGAUAUAUAUAGGGAGGCUAUGGAUGUGAAAUGUGUGGAAGACAUUCGGAAAAUGCAGGAAUCCUUACAACAAUAUUUUGCAAAAACUCAAGAUGAGGCUUUCUGUUGGUGUAGUUACCCAGAUGAAGAUGCCAUAGAACUUCUCCGUAAGGAAAGAAAACAAAUUGUUACAUUCCUUGCUAGAAAUGAUUUCUUCACACUUGGAGAGCGUUAUGGAAUACCUUCGGAGAAACUUGGAGAUUUCGCAAAAAAGUGUGAUUUAUUAAUACGGGAAAUGAAGAACGAAAGGUUGUGA